CAGCAAACCACAAAGUAAAGGAAGCUCUGUGAAGAGAAAAACCCUUUUUUCCCUCGGCGAUCAGAAAACCGGAAGACGAAAGGGAGAUGGCGGGUAGAUUAGGAAGACGAGUAGUCCACUUCGCGAAUCUUCCAAUCAAGCUACUGAUGCCCAACACCUUCACUAACAUCAAGGAAAUCGCCCUCAAGACCGUCCCCUCAGCCUCCAAGAUCGAGAUCAAACGCGUCCUCGAAUCCCUCUACGGCUUCGACGUCGACAAUAUCCGCACCCUCAACAUGGAGGGCAAGAAGAAGAAGCGCGGCGGUUUCUUAUUCGCCCGACCCGAUUACAAGAAAGCUUACGUCACCUUGAGGACUCCUCUCUCCAUAUCCCAGAACCUUUUCCCCAUCCAGGUGAUCAAAGAGGAGAAGGAUGGGAUUAAUAAGACCAGUAAGAGUAAGAGCGUUGUUGAAGAAGGGGAGAAGAAGAAGCAUUGGCUCGACGGGAAGGUGAAGGAUGAUGGGAAGGAGAAGAGGAAAGGAAAGGGAUCUUACGCCUCCGCCCGCGGUGGUGGAGAGACUAAGUUUCCUUGGAGUAGCAUGAGGAAGGCUAGUUAGGAAGGUAGGAUUCGUGGGUUUUGUUAGGGUUUCUCUAUGAACCCUAAAUUGCCUUGUUGAAAAAGUGAAUUCAUGGCUUUAGAAAUCUCUAGUUA